CUACAUCCGGUCGUCUACAUCCGGUUUGAAUAUGAACGUGAAAUAUAUAUGCUCGUGUUUGUUCCUUCAAAUGUGAAAUAUUAGGGCGGAAAAUAACCAAAAUGUCUCUUUCAACCGCACGUUCAUUCCUGUCGGAGGCUUGCUAUGGCGAGCAAGAACUUGACGCCAAUUCCGCACUCUUGGAGCUUGACAAAGGGCUGCGAUCCGGAAAGCCUGGAGAGCAGUGUGAAGCCGUGGUGCUCUUCCCAAAGCUCUUCCUCAAGUAUCCCUUUCCCAUCCUCAUUAACUCUGCAUUUCUGAAACUCGCAGACAUCUUCAGACUUGGGAACAACUUUCUUCGACUUUGUGUACUAAAAGUAACACAACAGAGUGAAAAACAUCUGGAAAAAAUCCUCAAUGUGGACGAAUUUGUCAAAAGGGUGUUUUCAGUCAUCCAUAGUAAUGACCCAGUGGCCCGAGCCAUUACUCUGAGGAUGCUUGGCAGUUUGGCCUCCAUCAUCCCAGAAAGGAAGAAUGCCCACCACAGUAUUCGCCAGAGUCUCGACUCACAUGACAAUGUAGAAGUGGAAGCUGCUAUAUUUGCUGCAGCCAGCUUUUCUGCACAGUCUAAAGUCUUUGCAGCUGGUAUUUGCAACAAAGUCAGUGAGAUGAUUCAAGGUUUGGAGACGCCCGUGGACCUGAAACUGAAGUUGAUCCCCAUGCUGCAGCACAUGCACCAUGACGCCAGUUUGGCAUCCAGCAGUCGAGAACUUUUGCAAAACCUGGUCACCUCUUACCCCUCCACACCCAUGGUCAUUGUCACCCUACACACCUUCACCCAGCUUGCUGCCUCCUCCCUGAUUGACAUACCCAAGCAGUUGCAGCUCCUCCUUCAAUACCUGAAAGAUGACCCACGCAAAGCCGUCAAGAGGCUGGCAAUUAAUGAUCUCAAGCUUCUAGCGAAGAAGGCCCCUCAUCUUUGGAUAAGGGAAAACACACAGACAUUGUGUGAGUGUGCACUCAGCAGUCCGUAUGAUAGUUUGAAGCUUGGCAUGUUAGCUGUGCUGUCCACCCUCUCAGAAACAAUUGCAAUUAAGCAGUACUUUAGUCAAACAACAGUGUCCGGUCCUCCUCGGAUCACCGACCUUGUGAACUUAGCCCAGGACUGCUGUUACCACAGCAACCUGGCUGUCGCUGCUCAUGGGGUCAUCGUGCUCUCCAACAUUGUCAUUUCCUGUCCAGAAAAAGAUAUUACCCAUCUGGAGCAGGAUACAGUCUUAGGGCUGGAAUCUCUGCUGAUGCUUUGCAGUCAAGACGGCAGCCCCAGUGCCCAGGCUACACUUAAAACCACUCUCACCUCUUUAGUCAAGCUGCUGAAGAGUCGACCUCACCUCAGUCAGUCUGCUGUGGAAUUCCUGCUUGGUCAACUCCACUUGUCAUGUGACUCCUCUCGCGUGCUCAUGUGCCACACUCUGUCAGCCAUUGCCACCCAUCUGCCGGUGCUGGGAGACAGCAUGCUGGGGGAUCUAGUAGACCUCUACCGGGUGGCUAGUCACUCGUCCACCAACAAACAGCAAGAGCUCCUGGUGUCUCUGGCCACUGUGAUUUUUGUCGCCAGCCAGUCAUCACUGUCAGCAGAAGUAAAGACCGUCAUCAAACAGCAACUUGAGAAUGUCGCCAAUGGUUGGACCGUAUACCGGAUCGCACGGCAGGCCUCCCGCAUGGGGUGCCACGAGUUCUCCAGCGAGCUGUACCAGAGUCUGCGAACCCGCGUGGCAUCGGAGCACUUCUACUUCUGGCUCAACAGCCUCAAGGAGUUCUCCCAGGCCGAGCAGUGCCUGACACACAUGGAGGACGGAGACUACAGCGGAGCCAUGAGUGCCAUUGCCGAGGCCCUGCGCUCCUACCAAAAGGGCAUUGCCUCCCUCACAGCGGCCAGCACUCCUCUAAAUCCACUUACAUUCCAGUGUGAGUUCAUUAAGCUACGCAUCGACAACCUGCAAGCACUGUCCCAGCUGAUUUGCACCUGCAACAGCCUCAAGACAAGCCCCCCUCCGGCCGUCGCCACCUCCCUCGCUCUGAGCACGGGCCAUGACCUGCAGAGCUGCGGCCGCAUCUCUCUGCAGAUGAAAGUAUGUAUGGAUGAGUUCAAAAGUCUCGCCGCCCGCUAUGCAGAGUUACACCAGUCAUCGUUUGAUGCUGACUACGCCACCCUCCGAAAUGUGGAGCUACAACAACAGAGCUGUCUGCUCGUCUCUCACGUGAUCGAGACUCUAAUAUUGGAGCCGCAGGCUGUCAGUUACCAGGAGUAUGGCCCCCUUGGCUCAGUUCAGUCAGAAAGUGAAUAUGAGCGACGGAUGAUGUCAGUCUUUACCCACGUGCUUGAGGAAGUGGAGACCCUAAACAAGAAGCAUCCACCUGUGUCGUACCUGCAUACAGGUUGUCUUUGUGAUGCCAUCAUAGCACUGCUGAAGGUCCCUCUGUCUUUCCAGAGGUAUUUCUUCCAAAAGCUUCAGUCUACCAGCAUCAAGCUUGCCCUCUCUCCGUCCCCACGAACACCAAACGAGCCUAUCCCAGUGCAGAACAACCAGCAGCUGACUCUCAAAGUAGAGGGGGUGGUUCAACACGGUUCCAGCCCAGGGCUCUUCAGGAAGAUCCAGUCAGUGUGCCUCAAUGUCACAUCCACUCUCCAGAGCAAGGGUCCGGGAGCAGACUAUAAGAUACCUCUGGAGAGUACAACCAAUGAGAUCGAGCAACGGGUGGAACCCCACAAUGACUACUUCAGCACCCAGUUCCUGCUCAAUUUUUCCAUCCUGGGCACUCAUGCUGUCACUGUGGAGGCUUCUGUUGUGGACGAGAGCGGCAUCGAGUGGAAGACGGGGCCUAAGACCACACUGUCAGUCAAGUCCAUGGAGGAUCCAUACUCCCAGCAGCUCCGCCACCAAAUGCAACAAAGCGCAGCUCAGCCUGCUCCUCAGAGGAGUGCAUACAGUCGCUUUUAGUUAAUGUUCUUAGUUACAGCUACUCACUUGUCUGUGUGUACAUAUUUGUUCCAGUGAUUAAAAGACUAGAUUUAA